CUUCACAGGUGUGAAUGUAAGCGCUCGAGCUCCACCACGCCGCCGCCGCCACCGCACACGUCCACUCGCUCCACUUUUCGCGCACAACCAUGGGGGUUCAGCAGCAGCAAGUCGUGAACAAGGCCAGGCCGCCGAAACCCGUCAGCGAAGCACGGAAGAUUCGGAAACCGCUAAUGGAGAAGAAGCGUCGGGAGCGGAUCAACACGAGCCUGAACGACUUGGCGAGACUCCUGACGGACGCCAAGAUGGUGAAGUCCGACGGCGGCAAAGCCAACAAGCUGGAGAAGGCCGACAUCCUGGAGCUGACCGUGAAGCACCUGAAGGCACUGAGGACCGAGGGGGGAGAAGCCCGAGCCGAGAACAGCGCGAUGGAGGAGCCGGCGAGCGCCAGUUACAAGGAGGGCUUCACGAAGUGCAUGGGCGUCGUGGACCAGACGCUCAGCAAGGCGGGGAAGGACGCGCUCCGGGAACGGCUUCUGACUCACCUCCAGUCCUGCCUGAAGACACUGCAGCCUGCCACCUCGCCUACGGACGCCCGCGACGCCCACACGCCGCAGCCGUCGGAAGACACGCCCAGCAGACUCGCCGCGCCAGAUGCACCUGUCACACCCGCGACCAGCGAGGCCGCACAGGAGCCCUCUACAGUGCAACAAGAAGGUGCCAAAGCCGACAGUGCCUCAAAGGACAGUGCCAACCCGGAGAGUGCCGCGAAGGAGGCCCCGCGAUUUACCCUGGUGCCGACCCGCCUCCCGACAGGGGCGGUCGCGUUCCUGAUCCAGGGCGGGUUAGAUCCCAGGCUCCUCCUGCCUCAGGACCUCACAGUUCUAUCCUCGAGUGCCACGAGUGUCCCCACGCCCUCGUCCGUCGCCUCCCACACGCCCGCAGCGCAGCCCGCAGCCUCCACCGCCCAGUGUCCACCCACGCCCCCUCCCUCCUCCACCCCCUGCGCCCCAUCACCGUCGCCUUCAGCCUCUCCAUCCGCCACGCCCAUCUCCUCGCUCGCGCCCUUGCCAGCGCACUACCCGUGUUCCUCUCCCGUCCCAGUGACGUAUCCCACCCACCCUCACGCCCACAGCCCGCCCACACCCCCACCCAGCGUCUCCCCCCAAAGUUUCUCCCGCGAAUUUACUCACUUCCAGCCGAGUGCGAGUAGCGAGGAGGAGGAGGAGGAGGAGGAGGAGAUGGACACAGACGAAGCCCUGUCCGAGGAGGAGGACGAGGAGGACGUGGAGAUCGACGUCGAGGUGGAGGACGACGGUCCUUACGACUUGAGUAUGAGGAGGAUGUGGCGUCCUUGGUGAAGCGAGAGCGACGAGGGGAGCGCAUGUUGCAGUGAAGGCUGGAAAUUAUGUGACGAAAGUGGUGAACAUGUGAUCAGAAGGAACAUCGAUAACCUAUAUGUGAUAACCUUGAAUUGGGCAUAAGUGAUGCGAUAUAAGAUUAUACAUUUUCAUUUUUAUUGUCUGUAUCAUCAUUAUUAAGUUUAUUUCUCUAUCGUAUUCGUUUAUUUAUUAUUAUUAUUUAUUUUAUUUUACUGAGCACUUUUUCCACCACUCAUACGUGAACAAAAAUACAACGAAUCGUGACAUAGUUAUAAAGUGUAAUCUGUAACAGACUGUAUGUGGUGCCGACCUGUGAUAAUUAAGUAUAUUUGACAAUCUUACGAACUUACAAAUGGCGUAAUCUACUUAUAUUUCCACGUAUCGAUACGAGUGGAAUAAUGUUUUUUUGUUUCUUAUUGUUUCAAAUUCUUACACAAUUAUUUGAUAUCAUAUCUUCCUAGUUAUUCUGUUCUUGAUAUUUUCCCCUAUCUUUCGUAUAAUAUAUAUGCUUAGUAACUUACAUUGUUUUUUUUUUUUUCAUUGUAAGUUCUUAUCUACUA